AUGGACACGCCGGUGCUCGAUGCCACGUGCGCGGCCUGCGCCGCGUCGCUCGAGGGCAAGCCCAACCAGUGCGUGACGGACUGCGGCCACGUCUUCUGCGUCGCGUGCGUCUGCAAGCAGCUCGGUCACCAGAAGAACCGAUGCAGCUACUGCCAAUCUGUCGUGAAGCUCGUGCGCCAGCUGGAUCCGCUCGGACAGGACGCGUCGCGUGAGAAGCCGUGCAGCGUCAAGUUUGCCAACACGACUUACAUCCUCUACGUGAGCAUCUGGAGCGUCCACGACCCGACGGCGACGCUCGCUGAGCUCUUCCACUUGGAGAAAUCGGCGCGGCUCAUCCACCAAGGCAAGGUGCUCAAGAAGGGCGAUGUGUGGCCCGGCGCCGUCGUCCAGCUCGUCGGCACACGCAAGACGCUCGAUGCAACGCCGCCUGCGUCCGCAUCCAGUCGCUUCUCGUCGCUUUGGGAGGCCUCGCUCGCCUCGCUAGUCUGGUUGCUCCUGCUCCUGACAACGCCGUUCCGAUACCUCUAUCUCUUUUUCCACUCGAUGGUUACGGGCCACGCGUACACGAGCUUGCCCACGCAGCGCUAGCCCCCGUCGAGCCCCGCGCCGGCG